AUGGCAGCCAACCGACCAGCAAGAAAGUCGAAGGUGGCUGCAGCUGCAGAUGCAGCUAUAGCUGGCCCAGCAUACCCGACGCCAGCGACAGCCAAGAAGCGACAGCAUUUCGACUCGCAAGUCGCCAGUGAGGACGAGGAGGAGGCUGUUGGGCCUGCUAAGAGCCGACGCCGCUCGAAGAAGGCGAAGGCGGAGGCGUCUGAAGAGGAGGAGUUUGGCGGAGAGGAUCCUGGUGACGUGGAGUCUGACGACGAUGCCGCCUCGAUCGCUAUGAGCGAUUGUGAUCUUGAGGAUGAGGAUGAGGAUGAGGAUGGGGAUGAGGUUAAGGGUGGGCUUGGGAAUAGAGUUGAGGAUGACGGUAGGGUUGAGGGCGAGGAUGAGGAUGUGUCGAAGACAACACAGAAGUCUUACGACAAACAUCAAGCGUGGAUGGCGAGAGAAGGCUGGGGAGAUUUGAAGGCUAUGCCCAAAUCUAGGAGGCAGAAGAACAGCGGCAGCCAGCAGGGCCUUCGGCGUGAGGACUAUGCUGGCCUGGUCGACGCUGCUGGCGAGAACAAGCUCUUGCUCGACCUUGGUCCAUUGGACGAGACCAAGGUUAGCAAGUCCCUUCAGAGUGCGGACUUCGCCAGGCAGUUCCGCCAGGGACUCCGGACGGUGCUCGAAAAGCGUAAGGACCAGGCCAUAGUCCUUAACGCCGACGACAAGCGCAGCUACCCCUUCGCGCCAUCAGUAGCGGCCCAUCUCAAGACAUUAGAUGUCGAACAUACCAGCCGCGAGAUCGUAGAGGGUAUGAAGAAGAACGCCAAGAAUAUCUCGGCCGCUAGUGAGCUCACCAUUAGCGACAUCGAACGACUGGCGGGCUUCACGGAUACAGACCUUGAGCAAUAUUUCGUGUAUCGAGCGUUCCUUGUCGAUAGCGAAGCGAUAACCGGCCAGUAUAUCGGCAGCUCCAUUGCAAUCUCUGGAGGCGGGUGUCGUCUUUUUGCGUAUCUAAAGGCAAUUCGACUUGCUCUCGACGGAUAUUUCUCGUCCACCUUCCGCCAGAGCUAUUUCUGUCAGCAGGCAGUUAGGACGCUUCGGAAGGUAGGCGGCAGGGUGCUCGUGCGUCCAGUCUAUAUCGGCAACAAGACGAAUGACAUGGCAGCCGAGUACUCACUCAAGAGGUCUGUCCGGUUCUUCGAAGGGAUCUUCGGUGAUGUUUUCCAGAGUAUCGAGACAGGAGACAUCACGACCGAUGAUGAUCGGGUCAUGAACUCGGCGGGUAUCAUGGAGCACCACUAUGCGGUCAGACCAGCAUUCCUUACCUCGCCGAUACCAGGGCUCAAUAAGGUAUCCCCUCUGGUACAAGGACUUGGCAACCGUAAUGGUUCCGGCCAGACAACAAAGGAGCGCAUCAACAAGCUCCUCCUUGAUGCACAGCCAAGCAACGGUCGCUGUCCCUACUGCGAUAUUGGCCUCAUCAUGGAAAGCGCCAAAACGCGGAAGGCCCGUGGAAACGACGGACGACCUCAUAUGUUGACAAAUCGCAAUCAACUGUUCGGCAAGGCGGAGUGGGUGAAGCAUCCGAUUAUAUGCGUUCACUGCUAUUCCUGGAUGUAUGCCUUUCGCGGAAACAAGACUAUCGGCAAACAAGGUAUGAUUCAGAAUCUGCUUGCUCUUGGCGGUGAGGACGCCGUCAAAGCUUGGCACCUUAAGGGCAGACCAGGCAAGGCGGAUCUCGAAGGUGGAGAGUAUGGCCAGAAUUGCCCCCUUUGCGAGACGAAGCUCGACAAGUCCAGUGGCUGCAAUGCUCCGGCGUACCCGAAAAGCACAACCGCCUUCUCGUACGAUAGCCUGAAGGAUAUCAAAGCCAUCUGCUAUCGCUGCUCGCAUCACCUCUAUACCUGCACCGCACCAAACGCGACUGUAAAUGCCAGCAACGCGCACGAGAUCCUGAAGCAUUGCAGCCUCGAGAUUCUCAAGAGUUUUGUUGCCAGGAUUGUGAAUGGCGUUGCUGCGGCUGCCGGGAGCAAGAAAUUCAUCAGGCACUGGGUUGACGAGCACACCCCGCAAGAGAGUAAACCGGACGUACCUCUUUCGGAUAAGCCCUUCCCGUGCACGCAACCGAAGUGCGGAAAAGGUUAUAACUCGAAAUACACCUUGGGAGAUCACGUCCGCGACAAGCAUCCCGAAACCCAGUCUUGA